UGGAACAUGUCGACUGACGCUAUGAGUCAGACAAAGCUAAUGCAUAAACUCUCCAGGCACAUGCAAGUCCCUGGCACUGCACAGUGUAGUCUUCCAUAACCUGGACUUGAUACCUGCAUUGCAAUGUGGUGAACAGGAUAGACUGAUCAGGUGUUUGCUGCUGGGAGACAUAAGACAGGGAUUAUUUCUAAACAAAUGUGCUGAAAGCUCACUUCGGAUGGACAACCUAACUACAGCCUCGACUGUCAGCUCUGGUGGAGGUGUUGGAGGAAGUAGCAGAGUGGUCACGGAAUCAGUAACAACUACAAGUGACCGUUAUCUGAGCGCAGGAGGGCCAGGUGAGCGAGCUGGAUCAGGCGGCACACACAGCUCAGUUCUGUUCACAUCCAGCAGCUCCCAUGCCGCCGGCUCCGGUGGACCAGGAGCCAGCAAGGGACCCAGAGGCUUCGGCAUCACAACUCGAGGGGGCUCCUCCGCUGUCUCCUCUGGUGGAGGGAGUUCAGCAGCUUCAGGGGGAUCAGACGUGGGGUUUGGGUCUGCUGGAGGGCAGUCCUCCAGCCUGUCCUCUGGUUUUGGGAGUGGUGGCAGAGAAGGAAAAACGGAAGGACUAGGCGCCAUGACAGUUUCAACCGUGACAAAGACCAGCUAUAGUUCAGGAGGAUCCAGGGAAGCAAAGAAAGGCUCGUCCUCAGCUUAUUCCCCCGGUCCAAAAGAGAGGAAGGGCCUGACCCCCAUGGCAGCAGCUCUCUCAGAUGCCUUUGACGACAGUUCAAGCACAAACUCCUCUCCCGAGUACAACAGGAAGGAGUACGGUGCGUCUUCUGCCAACAGAGGGAGAAGUCAGAGCAGAGAGAGUCAGAUCAGAGCCAGGCUUCAGAGUGCUUCUCCUCCAGCAAGUUGGACGGAGCUGGAUGACGUGAAGCGCCUGCUGAGAGGAAACCACUCCAUCAGCACCAGCCCCCCCCAGUCCCCCAACAACACGCUGCCCAUCCCCAGGAAGGCCAUCAUGGAAACCAGGAGCAUGUCUGAGAGCGCCAGCACAGACCAUUAUGGCAGCGUUUGGUCCGGAGGUGUGAACAGUAGCUACAGUUACAACACCAACCCCAACAACCUGUCGCCUUCUUCCACCCUGUACCCAUCAGGAGUUCAGAACAACCUGGCAGUCAGCUCUCCCUCUGCAAACAGUGGACUAGCUGCCAGCAGCACUGUCCCUGUGUAUGGUGUUCAGAAUAACCUGGCCAGUACCAGCCCCAUGAUCCUCUCUCCCACUGGAUCCAACACGCAAAUAGUGUAUGGUGUGCAGAAAAAUGUGACUGGGCCUGGACUCAGCACAACCCCAGUGAGACCCAGCAGCCCCAUUUAUGACGAGACGCCUGGCAAAGACUUUAAGUUCGUGCUGAUAGAGAAGGAGAAUGCUCCUGUCAAGAAGGAGCCAGAGCGGCAUGUCAUGACCAAAGACACAGGGAAGCAGUUCAUGUCUGCUGCACCUGCUUCGGCUUCCAACUCUGGGGACUCCCUAACGAGAGAGAAACAGAAGCUCUCAUUCAGCACAAUGGACGAGGGAAGAGAUGCUAAAUCAGCAAGCCUAAAGGUUUCCACAAAAGACAAAGCCACCUACGCAGAGAUCGGUAAAGAAGACUCUGGCUUUAGCUUCUGCUCCUGCUGCAGCUGGUGGAAGUGGCUGCUGGGCCUCCUGCUAGGCCUGCUCCUCCUCCUAGGCCUCCUCUUUGGACUCAUCGCUUUGGGUGAAGAAGUGAAACGCCUCAAGAGCCGUGUUGAUGAUUUGGAAGCCAUCACGGGCACUGGGUCAGCAAAGUCCAGCCGCUUGUCGGCCUCCUCUGGCAUCAACAUCAUUGACCCGCUGGAGUCGUCAUACAUCGGCAGGAGUGCCUCUGGGUCGACUCUGACCAACUCUGACAACGGCAUUAACCUGGGGGCUGCUGGGCCGGGACAGGACAGCGCCGCCCUGCAGAGAGCCGUUCAGCAGCUGGUCAGGGCUGAACUCCGCUCGGAUGCUGUUAGAGAUACACUAGCAUACUCACUAAAAGGGGAGAGAGGAGAUCCAGGACCUAAAGGCGAUCCAGGGCUGCUGGGACAAAAAGGUGAUGGUGGCUUUCCUGGCCUACCAGGCCCUAUGGGUCACCCAGGAUUGGAUGGACCAAGGGGACCCAAGGGAAGUGCAGGUGAGCCAGGUUCUGAGGGAGCCCCAGGCCAGAGGGGCCGGGACGGACCGAUGGGCCCCCGUGGAGAGGCUGGACCGCCAGGUUUUGCACAGAAAGGAGACAAAGGACCUCAAGGCGAGGCAGGACGUCCCGGUCCUGCUGGUGCUGCUGGACCGAUGGGGCCGAAAGGUGCCAUGGGAGAGCAAGGCGCCUCAGGAAGCCCGGGUGCUCCAGGUCCAAAGGGUUUCCAGGGUGAAGCAGGAGCACAUGGAGAAAAAGGCGAUCGAGGAACGCCAGGGCUGGCAGGAACCAAGGGGGAUCUGGGAGAGAGGGGACCACGUGGACCAACAGGUGAACCAGGACAACCUGGAUCACAUGGCCCUGCUGGACCAAAGGGUUCUAAAGGAGCUGCAGGUGACACAGGUUCGAUGGGACUUCCUGGCGUGAGAGGACCACCUGGACUUCCUGGAGAUGUUGGUCCCUCAGGUGAACCAGGACUGCCGGGUAAAAUCAUUGCUCCAGUUGGCUCCAAUACUGUGGCUAUCCCUGGACCACCAGGCCCUGCUGGGCCUCCAGGUCCUGCUGGAAUACAUGGUCUGUCUGGUCCCGUUGGCCCCGCUGGUGUCCCAGGACAACCUGGACCUAAGGGAGACCAAGGAGAGAAAGGAGAAAAGGGAGAGCAAGGAAAACCUGGCGAGCCUGGUAGUUCAAACACUAUCAGUGCCCCCCAAACUGGGCUGCCUGGACCGCCUGGCCCACCAGGAUUUCCUGGAGCACCUGGUCCUCAAGGUCCUCCUGGUGAGACUAAACAGGGUCCUCCAGGACGCAAAGGUCCUGCAGGAGAGCCAGGAAUUGGUUUACCGGGACCUCCAGGACAGAAAGGAGAGCCUGGCAGCUUUGUGCCUACCUCAGAAACCUUUUUUGCUGGACCACCAGGACCACCAGGACCACCAGGACCCCAUGGCCCGCAGGGUUCAGCAGGUGAACCAGGUCAGCCAGGUCUUCCAGGGAGUCCAGGGCCAGGGGGUCAUGGUUACCCAGGUCAGCCUGGACCUCUGGGCCCUCAGGGUCCUCCGGGCCCAGAGGGGCCACAAGGACCUAAAGGCGAUACAGGGGCCCCAGGAAUCCCUGGUGGCUCAUACAGUGCUGGUGCUCCAGGCCCACCUGGACCACCUGGACCACCUGGACGAGAUGGAAGUGGGUCUGGAUCCGAUGUGGGCCAGUACAUGGCAGAGUACUUUCAGAGUGACAGCAUCAGGCAGUACCUGGCUGGACCACCUGGACCCCCAGGGCCCCCGGGGCCCGCAGGGGAUGGGCUGGUGGAUGAUGUGGCCAAUCGAGUGAUCGCCUACAUCCAGAGUCCAGGGAGAGGAUAUGAUGGGACUCCUGGUCCCCCUGGCCCUCCAGGUCCACCUGGCUCCGUCUCUGUCAACGACCUCAUCAACAUAUUACAACAGGAGGAUGUGAGGAGAUACAUUGCUGGUCCCCCGGGACCUCCUGGAGAACCAGGCCACAGCAACUACAUAUUGAACACCCAGGACGUGGCUGAACGUGUCCUCAACCUCAUGAAUGAGAGGGGGGCGGUAGGUGUCCCUGGACCCCCUGGACCACCUGGGCCUCCUGGAAACCUGUUGGCAACUGGGUACCAAGCAAUUGUGGGUCCUCAGGGGCCUCCUGGUUCCCCAGGUGUCCCUGGUCAACAAGGUGCACCUGGGCCAGCGGGUCCACCUGGCCCGCCUGGAUUUGUGAACCUUUACGGGGCCCCCCCUGAUCAAAUCAACCCACUGGUUUCCUAUGCAGAGCACGCCAAAAGAGAGACGCUCAAAGCUGAACCACAACAAUACCUCAAGAGUGACACUGUAAGAGAAGCUGUGUUCGGACUUCCUGGUACGCCAGACCCUCCUGGACCCCCAGGACACAAGGGAGAGCCACGUGUACCCGGUGACAGACACAGCAAUUCGGAUCCCGGAGAAUUCUCCAGAUUGGCUGUAAAAGUAACUGAUUACAUCAAAUUCCACGGCUUGCUCCGUGAUGUUAGAGACUCUGACCGUCUCGUUCAAGGACCUCCAGGACCUCCUGGAAUUCCAGGAAUGCCUGGACACAGCCAAUGGGUUAGUUCCCGUGAAAAUGUCGUGGAUGUGGUGGAAUACAUCAAAUCUCAUGGUCUGCUACGUGAUUUUGAACGGAACCACAAUAAACACUCCAUCCAAGGACCACCAGGACCACCUGGCCCUCCAGGUCCCCCCGGAUACAGCAGAUUGUUUGGUUCCCAUGCAAAUGUCACUGAUUUAGUGGAAUACAUCAAAAUACAUGGAGCUAUUGUAGGACCGCCUGGGAGACCAGGACAGAAAGGGGAAAUGGGAUUCCCAGGGCCAAAAGGAGAGAGAGGUGAACAAGGGCUUCCUGGGCUAGAAGGACCCCAAGGACACAAAGGAGAAGCCACUCUGCUGACUAAAAGGAGGAGGAGGGGCAGCGGUGUAUAAGAGUCAAUCUGCUGAAUAUGUGGGACUUUAAGUGAAAUCCUGUUUUAGGCAGAGUUUGUAUAAUUGUGGUGAAUUCACUGAAACAUAUCUAUCUGUUUUUAUGAUUGAUCUGUGAUUUUAUUUUUAUAUUUCAGAAUAUCUACCGGGCUAAAUUGUCUGUGUGAAACCAGUGAUUAUGUAUAUUUUUGAAUGAGAUUGUUGAAUUCACUGUAUUUGGGGGUGAUAUAUUUUACUUUGUGGGAUUGAGUGAAAAGGGUUAGUCUUGCAGGGUUACACCCAGUGAAGGUUGUGUAGCCCGGGAGCAAAUCUCUUUUUUCUGGGGCCAGUCAGCCUGAUGGCUGCAUCACUAGUUUCUGUGAGAACAGAAUCCAGGAUGGAAUGGCCAAAUGGAGAAUUUCAAACCGCUAUAAGAGAUUCCACAGGGCCCUGCAUUAAGUUAGCUCUGAAAUCUGACUGAGAUUUAAAAAUAGGACUACGUCAAAGUUUCCAACCGAGCCGCCCCAUUGUAACCGUAGUUUAAAAAAAAAUUAGAAAUACAUUAAAAAUAAUUGCCAGUGGCUUAGGCCGGGUGGGCCACCAGGCUUGCAUUACACUGGGGGAAACCCUUAAUCUCUUUUAUUCUAGUGGGCAUUUUCGAUUUAGAGCGCGCUUUAUAUCGAUUUUUUUUUUUAGGAAGCUUUAAGUGUAUUAUUUGGACAAAAGACUAAACUACUGUAGGACAGAAGAAGACAAGUUUAUUAACAGUAAAAGGAAAAUCUUCGUUACGCAGGUAUUCUAACAACUAUACAUUUGUUUUGAAAAUUCAUAAUGAUUUUGAUAUGGAUAUAAUCGUUACCAGUCAACAUUCAGAAUAGAAUCAAUUUGUUAUUUAUUUUUGUAGCAUCUAACUGACCAACAGAACAAGAAUUAACAGAUUGGACUUUGGAAUUCUAUUUCUGGACGCUGCACACCGCCACUGAGUGGUUGAGCUCUAGAACGGCCGCUGCACGGCUUUUUAUAUCUAGCUGAGAAAGUUUUGUAAAAAGGUGCACAGCACUCCCUUGCAAUUUUUUGUACAUAAAAGUUCAGUUAUUAAAUACCUUUGACUUACCGUAACUCUUAAUAGCCAAUCAAAGAAAAUGAGAUGAUAAAAUCAACCAAUCACGAGUCAAGAUGGCCUAAACCAGUCAGGUCCAUCUUGUUUUUUAUUUUAUUUUUUUACAACUGCAUCAAAAACCAGAUUGCUUUGACAUCACUGACAUUAAACUAAAUGAGCUCAUGUUCUGUUUCUUUCUUUGACUACAGAUGUAAUCAUUGGGAAAUACACAGCCAUCAAACAAAACAUCAAGUUGGUAAACUUGAGUCUGACCAAAAUAUAUAAAGAUGAUAUCGGGUAGACCGUAUAUAGAUACAGCUGGUCUAAAGUAUUAAGGCUAUUAGCUAGCACGACAACAACACAGUAUUUCAUUUAAAAGAAGAAACGCCAUGCAGGCCUACCCAUGAUGCACCUGGUAGCAAACAAGGAGGCAUGUGAAGAAAAACAAAGCAAAUACAAAGGAUGCAUCAUCAUUCAGUUCCUGGUGUCUAAAUGGACUGGAAGCCGUUUGGAGGCUGCAUUUGCUCCUUCAGUUUCCCCGACACUCUCUCUCGCUCUGGAAACUGUUACAAAUGUUCAUCAUCAUUUCCACAAUCAACAUCAAUCCAAAAAUGCAUUUUUUUUUCAUUCAUCCUUGAAUAUCUCCCCUAUCGAUACAUCAUUUCUUGCUCGACAAUAAUAACGUGGUGUUACCUAAAAAAGAAAAACCCAGUCC